AUCACAAAGAACUGUUUCCAUAGCUGUAAAGAGUCCAUAAGACAGAAACAAUAAACAACUACUAAAAAAUGGCAGGACUCAUGCACAUCAGCUAUGUGUUCAGAUUCAUCGUGAUUUUAGGAUUGGCUUUGUCUGCCUUAUCUUUGACCAAUCCUGGAAAGCCUCCUGGCUGCUGCAGACAGGUUUCCAAAGCAUUUGUGAAACAUAUUGUGAAUUAUGAAUACCAGUCCGAACAACUGCCAUGUGUAGAAGCUAUCAUAUUUUUUACAGAAAGUGGAAAGAUGUACUGCUCCAAUCCACAUGUUAAAUGGGUGCAAAAUAAGGUGACACAAUUGAACAAACUUAAAUAUCCAAAUGACAAUGAAACUCCUGCUACAACACAGAGCAAUCAAGGAUUCAAAUCUACAUAGUUUUAGAAGAGCACAAAUAAGCCUGACCUCCAUAUUAAGAUGAGAUAUGUUUUAAAAUGCAUCACUGGAUUCAAGUUACUUAGUCAUUAACAGCCAUUUUAAUUUGAUUGCCACAUACUGAUGUUCUAUUAACUUUGCACAGCCUCAUUAGCAGUUUGCUGUUGAAAAAAGUGCACUGAAACAUAUGUGUGCUCUUUGACUAUAUGUCAUAGUUCCAUGUUUUCUGUUACAUUCAUUCUGUUGUUAACUGCACAGUUUAAUUUUGCUUACAAUCACAAACUCUGAUAAUAGGCCCAAAAAUGCAUAUGAGGAAUGCUUUUUUAUCAGUAUUUUUUCACUAUGAUAGCAAAGCCUUACUCUAAACGUUUUAAUGGAAUGUUAGCAAAUGUUUGUAACAUUCAGUAUUUCACAAUUUGUAACUGGGAAGUUGUCCAACUAUCCCGGACACGUACAAUCCAUUUUUAAAUGAAAUAAUUGGCAGAAAACUUAUCAUCUCCAAGGAAUCAUUUUUAUAGUUGAAGCCAGAAACUUGAUAUUUCCCUCAACCCAUGUCCCCAAAAAUAGUAUGGGAGGUACAACUGAAAUCAUGUACCUCUUAUAAUGACAUUGUUGCAGUUUAUUUCAAGCCAGAAUAUAAAAUGUGUUAAAUCCCUUUUUGUAUGACCUUGCUAUCACUGCCUCCGAUUCAGAUAUAGUACCAUUUGUAAGAAAGAAAAUACUAGCCUGAAAAUCAUAUUUAUAUGUAAAAAAUAUUGACUAAAUAAAAGGCUGAACCUGGGAUAAAUAAAUUCCCAAAUAUGAUAAUUCAUUACAGAAAGAAUUCCAUAUUCACCAAAUCCCUUGGCAACACACAGUAUUCGAUGCAAAGAUUACUGGAAGUUACAAUAAUGACAUUUCAGUUUUAAAGAAUUUCAAUGUUUUAUAGUAAGCUUCAAGCAUGAGUUGAUAAAUUCUAACUUGCUAAGGAUCAGAAUCCCCAAACUGCUUUCCCUGUAAAAAGGCCCAACAAUCUUUUUUUUUUUUUUGCAGUGGGGCUUUCCCCAAAAACUAAUAUGUAUGCCAACUCCAUGGUGGUACUUAUUCAGAGAAGAGGGGCAUUACCCUCAAAAAGGGCUCAGCAACAUUGAUUUCAUUUUGGAGGUGCUACAAUCUUCUGUAGGUUGGACUUUAACCAACUGACUCUCAAGAGUUCAAUUCUCACCCAUCUGUAGGUUAUUUGAUAUAGUAAUACAUCACCAUAAAAUGUCACAUGUUAGAAAAUCAAUUGUGUCAGUAACACAAAAUGAAAAUAUUCAUUUUUUAGUGUCUGAACACUACAGUGAUUUCCAAGUGUAUGUUUUGAAAAAUUAGAUUACUCUGUUCAAUUAUUGUUCAACAAACUCAGUAAAAAGUGAAUUGAUAUAUAUUUUUAUAGAAAGAUAUUAAUGGAUUCUUGCAAAAAAUGUUCAAGUAUGUAUUUAAGUGGUUAUUUAUUACUAUAUAUUUAUUUUAAGUUCUAUUAAUUAAUAUAUGAGAAAGACAAUUCUAUCCUGUCUGUGUCUAAAGGAAUCAGAUUUCUUAAAGAUUAACUGAAUAUAAAUAAAAGAGAAUGCUGAUAUGUAUUUUAGUGAAUAAACACCAAUGUUUUCAAUGUCAGAAUAUAUUAACAUCAACUGGAUGUGUCAAAAUAAAACAUUUUUGGAUACA